AAAAAUUUCUCCCAACAAUUAACAUCUGGGAAGAAAUGGAACUUCCUUCUUCCUUCUUCACACUUUCCCCAUCCUCAUCGCAUAACUACUCUUUCUCAUCCUCCUUCUCUCCCAACCCAAUUCAAGUCUUCACCAAAACCCCAAACCCCACUUCCCAAACUCUCCGCAUUUUCGCCGUAGCCAUUGACCCGCCGCCUCCGCAAGAACUUCCGAGGAGCACUCCACAGCGACUUCUCAAGGAGCUCACUGAAACCAAGAGACCCACUUCUUCAAAGAAAAGAUCACCACCUAGAAGGUUCAUUCUCACCCCUCCACUAGACGACAAAAGAGUAGCAAAAAGGUUCCUCAACAGCCCCCAACUUUCCCUCAACUCGUUCCCCUUGUUGAGUUCAUGCCUACCAACCUCGCCGCUCAACAAUGCCGAUAAGACAUGGAUGGAAGAGCACCUUCUCGAAGCGAAACAAGCUCUGGGGUACCCACUUGAACCCUCGGAGACGCUCGGUGACGAUAACCCCGCGAAACAGCUCGAUACUUUGUUGUACUUGGCGUUUCAGCACCCUUCCAGUGAGAGGAUGAUUGCGCGGCACGUGAAGUGGGGGCAUUCGAGGUUGUUCUUUCUGGGGCAGUACGUGCUUGAAUUGGCUUUCUCGGAGUUUUUCUUGCAGAGGUAUCCGAGGGAGUCGCCGGGUCCAAUGAGAGAGAGGGUGUUCGGUUUGAUUGGGAAGAGGUACUUGCCCACGUGGAUUAAAGCCGCUAGCUUGCAGAAUUUGAUAUUCCCUUACGAUGAUAUGGAUAAGUUGGUGAGGAAGGAAAGGGAACCCCCGGUAAAGUCUGUAUUUUGGGCUUUGUUUGGGGCAAUCUAUCUGUGUUUUGGGAUGCCAGAAGUGUAUCGUCUUCUUUUUGAAGUCUUUGGAAUGGAUCCGGAAGCAGAGGAUUGUCAACCCGAAUUGCGUAGGCAACACGAAGAUAUAGAUGUGAUAUCUGCUGAAUUUGAAGGCAAGCUAAGCUGGCAAGAUAUGAUUGCGUAUAAGCCUCCUGCAGAUGCCCUGUUUGCUCAACCACGGCUGUUCAGAGCUUGUGUUCCCCCAGGCAUGCAUCAGUUUAGAGGAAAUAUAUGGGAUUAUGAUAGCAAAUCCCAGGUUAUGCAAACCCUUGGAUAUCCGUUAGAAAUGACAGAUAGAAUUCCAGAAAUUACUGAAGGCAGGAACCUAGAGCUUGGACUUGGGUUACAGCUUGAAGGUUUCUUAGCUUCUGUUCUGAUCUUUCAUGUUAUUGAUUUUCUUGUUGAACUUCAGCUAUGUUUCUUGCAUCCAUCAAAGUACAAAUUUGAUCAUCCUCGUUUUUGCUAUGAGAGAUUAGAAUACCUUGGUCAAAAGAUACAGGAUUUGGUGAUGGCUGAAAGAUUGUUGAUAAAGCAUUUAGAUGCUCCGGGGUUUUGGUUACAAGAUAAGCACCGCCGGUUUCUUAUGAACAAGUUUUGUGGAAGGUAUUUGAGGGACAAAAAUCUCCACCAUGUUAUUGUAUAUUCCGAAGAGGUUCAAGACUUCUAUGAGCGGAACUAUAGACUGAGAAACCCGGCCACAACAUCUGUUCAACAAGCUCUUCACGGGCUUUCAUAUGCUGUUUAUGGGAAACGUGAUGUGAGACGUUUGAUGUUUGAGGUUUUUGACUUUGAGCAAACAAAGGAAACUUAAAUAUGAAGAGACAGUAGUGAGAACUCUACUUUUCCUCAUAUCCUUUGACCCACUUUUCCUUCUUUACAUCUUUCUUUCUUACUUUUUAUUUUUACCAUCUUGAUAUAGGUUUUUCCAUAUUAUGAUUUGACCCACCUAGUUUUAGUUGAUUCUUUUGUUUGAAGUUGCUCUUGUAUAUAUAUUUUAGUAUUUUAUUAAUUUUGAGACUCUGCGCCCUAGACUCCUGAAAGUGAUAUGGAGAUGAGGAUGCAUAUGUGAUACUUGUUCUUCUACAAUAUACA